AUGAUUCCGGAAUAUCGGCCGGAUCAGCGAUUGGAAUACGGUGAUUCAGAGAAUGUUGCGAGUCAGGAGGAUGUUCCGCCCGAUGGCGGGUAUGGAUGGGUGUGCACUGCGUGUGUUUUUCUCAUCAAUGCUCAUACUUGGGGUGUCAAUAGUGCAUGGGCCGUCUUCCUGGCACACUACCUUUCCAACUCAACAUUCCCCGAAGCCACAGAACUACAAUACGCCCUGAUCGGCGGUCUUUCUAUAUCCCAAGCCCUCCUAAUCUCCCCCGUUGUCUCACUAUCCAACCGGAAAAUAGGAACCAGACCUACACUUCUUAUCGGAUCAAUUCUUGUAUUCGUUUCACUGCUCGGGGCAUCCUUCUCGACCAGGAUCUGGCACCUGUUCCUAAGCCAAGGACUAUGUUUCGGAUAUGGAAUGGGAUUCCUGUACAUCACAGCCACAUCCAUCCUCCCAAAAUGGUUCUCGAAAAGACGCAGCCUCGUCCUUGGCAUCGCGACAUCUGGUGCUGGUAUGGGCGGAUUAGCGUAUAACCUGGGAGCUGGCGCAGGUGUGGAAAGUGUGGGAUUGCCAUGGACAUACCGAAUCCUAGCUUUCUGCUCCCUCACAAUGAACCUAAUCUGCUCUGUCCUUCUCAAAGACCGCAAGAGCCCAACUUCAGCACGUUCGGAAGGAAAAGCCUUUGACUUCCGCGAAUAUGCACGCAUCCAAGUCAUCCUAGUUGUCUCCUGGGGCUUCCUCACAGAACUAGGCUAUAUAACCCUCCUCUAUUCAUUACCAAACUACGCCAUCUCAAUCGGCCUUUCCGCGCGCCAAGGCUCCGUCAUUGGCGCCAUGCUAAACCUAGGCCUCGGCCUCGGCCGCCCCCUAGUAGGCUACUACUCCGACGUGCUCGGCCGCAUAAACAUGGCCUCGAUAAUGACCUGCACCUGCGGCAUUCUCUGCCUGGCCAUCUGGGUCCCCGCAAAGACCUUUCCGGUACUUAUCGUCUUCGCACUCCUCAGCGGCUCCGUUACUGGCACGUUCUGGUCGUGCUUUGCACCUGUUACUGCAGAGGUUGUAGGGAUGCAGAAGAUGCCGUCUACGCUGGGGAUGAUUUGUUUUUCGUUGGUGUUACCGACGACAUUUGCGGAGCCGAUUGCGUUGCAGAUGGUUGGGAGCUCGGGGUAUUUGAGUUCGCAAAUUUUUGUGGGGUGUAUGUUUCUUGCUGGGGCAGGGUGUACGUUUGCGUUGAGAUCGUGGAAGAUCCAUGAGAUUGAGAUGAAGGCUAGAAGUGAGUUGGAGCAGGGGUCAGGGAAGAAGGAUUUUUGGCUUACGCCGAGGAGGUUGUUUAUGACGAGGAGGGUUUGA